AUGAAUUUUUUGUCUCCCUCGAACAGCUCCAGUAAAAUGCCGUCAAGCUUUCGGGAAAAGAAGAAAGGUGGGAAAAAACCGCUAACAAAUUGCUUAUCAACGGCAUCCACCUCGGCAUCUGUCAACAAUUUUUCAUUGCCUUUAAGUGGAUUUGUUAUACUCGUUACUUCAGAUGAUGCCUCAAAUACUGUACUUUAUGGAACACCAGCAGAUCGUGCCGGAUUGUUAAUUGGCGAUGAGAUCAUUGAAGUUAACGGAAUUCCAAUUGAGGGCAAGGAGCAUUCAGAGAUCGUCUGUGUGACUUUUUUUCAGUUGUGCUGCUCAAGAAGUAAAGUGACUCUACUAGAGUUUUUCUUAUUGAUUAGCAAAGAUAUCUGGCCAACUCUUGUCAAUCGUGAUUUAACAAAGUUAUACUAG